GGGCAAGAAAAGGUGUAUUGAGCAGAGCAAUCAGAAAUAUUCUGUCAGUUGUUUUCAAGAAUAUUUAUAAUUGGAACUUGGAGCCUAUUAUAUAUCAAGCUAAGGACCUAAGGCAAGUUCACUAUCUCUAUCUUUAUUUAAAUUGUUUUAAUUAUUUUAAAUUGUUUGAUUAAAUAAUGUUUUAAAUAUCUUGACUACGUCCUUCGUUCCAUUAUAAGUCUAUUAAAAUCAUUUGAGUUGAACACCUGAGAUUUAAUUAAAUAUUUACCUUUCCUUUCGUUCGGGAAUGGUUAAAGAUUUAUUUCAUAUAGAAGAUGUAUUGUUCACAUCUUCUAGUAAAUAGUGAUUGAUAGAUUAGUAAUGAUUCGUUUCUGAUAGAAGAUGUAUUGUUCACAUCUUCUGAUUUAUGAUGAUUAAUUAAUAAAUCGGAAAAGUUUGUUCGGAGAAUGUUCUUUCUACUCGAAGAAUUCUUGUUCGGCUGGUCAACACGAAUUUAUUAAAUUCGUGGUGGAGAUGAAAAUUUACUAUCUGGUAAGGCAGAUAGUAGGGUUCCAGUGUUAAACCCUGAUGCUAGCAAAGAGAGUGUUGGUGUGUCUUUAGUGGUGACGAUCAGACCACUAGGACUACACAGGAGAACGAUAUUCACGAAAUGGUAUUUGAUCGGACCAUGUAGUGAUAUCGAGAGGUUGGAAGACCAGCAAUUCUUUUAUUUAAAACUUAUUCUGGUAUUUGAUGCUGUGUUGAUUUUUACCUGUUUCUGUGCCUUAAAUGCAUAAAUUGUUUAUUGCUACUAUGUGAGCUUGCUGAGCAUGUAAGUGCUCAUUCUUGCAUCUAUGUUUUAUCAACUAGCAGUAAAAAGCGAGUAUGGCACGAAUCAAGUUAACCGCUCGGAAGCGGGUGCGAGCUCGGAUAAGGGAAAGGCGCAUCACUCCAGUUGAAGCUGCCAGACAACGAAGAAUAGUAGGAACUCGAGCUGUAGUUGUUCUCUUUUGGUUUCAACCAUGUUUAUAUGUAAUCAUAUUAGUAGUUUGGAUGUAAGUUAGGCGAUCGACCCUGGACUUGUGGGGCGAGAGUCGGAUAUUGUAUAAUAUAAAUAUCUAUGCAAGUGUUGUUUUGAUGUCAAAUGCUAGUGAUGAGCCAGAUCUGCGGGAAGCGGAUUUGGGGUCGUCACAGGUUUGGUAUCAGAGCUAUAGUUAUAUCCUUAGGAUUUGGGGAAACCCUAGGAAUAUAACUAGCGAGUACGACACAAAGUUUAAGAUAGGUACCCUUGUUGAACCUAUCCCGUAUGUUAGAGUACAUACGCAAGGGGUUAAUAGACCCUAUGAGUAUAUAUACAUUUUUAGUUACAAGCAAUAGCAAACCGUAUUGACAUUCUUUAUAUGAUUUGUAGAUGUCUGGAUACGAGGCGGAUUCAGAUAGUGAUCCAUCAUCCCAGAUACCACUUAGCGAUGACUCAUCCCUGGAUACUACACUGAUGGGGUUAGAUUCCAGCAUAGAGAGUGAUCCUUCUAUGGACAUGAUGAUCAGUGACAGUGAUUUAGAGGAUUCUAUGGACAUGAUGAUUAGUGAUAGUGAGGACUCUUCAGUUCAGAUUAUCGAGCCACCGGCUCCAGAGAUCAUUGAUCUCGUGUCUGAUGAUACUGGUGACAUUAUGGGGAUGAUAGAUUUUGAGACAGAUAUGCAUCCAGAGGUGACCACUACGCCACUUCCUACCACUCUAGUUGCUCCAGUUACUACUUCUACACCAGUACCAGCCACAGUUGAGGGAGAGCCCACUGUCUUGGAGUUACUUAGUCCGUUUGAGCCUACUCCUUAUCCUCUGACCCAUGAGACACAUACUGUCAUGGAUCAUUAUCACUUUGAUACUAUGGUUUCAGCCCCUGUGGAGGGUCCAGUUAUACCACCACCUAUAUCUACAGUGCCACCACCAGUGAUUUCUACUCCUAUACCACCCAUCUCUGUUCCUGUUCAUGCUCCGAUGACUACAUCUUUUCAGAUUGAUGGUUCUAUCCCAUUACCAGUCCCCACAGCUGUUGGUGAUGAUGUUGCUCCUUAUGGUGACUAUCAGACUAUGUAUCAGCCGUAUGUGCAGACAGGGGGGGCAGCUAUGGGACCAGAUAUGGGUAUUCAGGGACCUCAGGAUCCUCCGCAGCUGGUUACAGGAUUUGUGGCACGAGCGGUUGAGUCGGAGAUUAUGCAGGAUAUUGCAGUGUCUGUAUUUCAGAGCCUUCGCACUAGUAUUCGAGGACUACCUUCUACUAGCCAGGGGUAUGUUGAUGGAGUUACAGUUGCUAGGAUGGUGGAUGGAGCUUACCUGGAGUUUCUACGACGAGUCUCAGGGAUCUUCUACUGAUAGAUAGUUGUAUAUGUACAGACUUACUUUUGGGAGAUAACACACGUAGCUGUGUGUAUCUCAGAUAGACUUUUGAUGCAUAUAGUAGAUAUAGUUUUGUAUAGUAUCGAACUAUAGGAUCGUGCGGAUGCCCUUUUAUUUUGAUGCAGAACCUAUAGUCUCGAUCCUUUGAUACUUCUGGCAGUAGUACUGUAGUUAGGACUCUUUUGUAUACUUUUGGCCAGACUAGAUCCGAUGUAGUAGGGAUUACAUGUUUUUGUUGUAUUUUGCUCUAUCAUGACCUGUACUCCUUAAAACUUCG